GCUGUUUUGUUUAGACUGAUCUACUGAUCUUUAUAAUUUUGAAAAAAAAUUGCACUAGCUUCACCAUCCGAAAACGCUAUCUUGACCACGAGUCUUUUAUGUCAUGUCAUGUCACUAUAAAUCAUGUCAUGUGUCAAGUCAUGUUUAGAGGUUAAGAAGUGAUGUGAAUUGUUGACUGUCCUUGUGGAAGUUUUCCAAAAUAAACUAUUAAUUAUUUGAAGAGGGAAUAAUAGCAGUUCAAUUACGAUCGACAUUAUUUCCAAGAAGUUUCAAAUUGUCGGUUGCUUAGAUAGUAUUCAAGCAUGGCUUCUGACAAAGAAACAGACCCCAGGGUCCUUGUACAAGAGGACUCUGAGGGCAAAGCAUCGAAAGAAAAAGGUAAUGAUAAUAAAAAGAAGUCGCAAGAUAAAAGAAGGCAUAGUAGAUCUCGGUCUAAAUCUCCAGACAGGGAACAGCGACGUGAAAAAAGGCGAAAACGAAAAGGUUCUGAUGAGUACCAAAUAAUGCCCCGCUAUUAUGGUGAUGACAAAAAAAAAGAAAAUAGCGAUAAAUAUUGGAGUAAGUAUCCAAAGAAAGACGAACAUCGAGUUGGUAAGAGAUACUAUGAAGAUGACCCAAAUAAUUCUGAUGAUGAGAAUGUGGAAAACAAGAGAGCAGGGAAAAAAGCUUCCAAAGACGACAAAAAAGUAGAAGAUAAAUCGGUCAUUAAACCUCGUGAAAGAAAAACGGUAGAUCUUCUAACAUCACGUACUGGAGGGGCUUAUAUUCCCCCUGCAAAAUUGCGAAUGAUGCAAGCAGAAAUAACCGAUAAAUCUUCAGCAGCAUUUCAAAGAAUUGCUUGGGAAGCUUUAAAAAAGUCAAUUCAUGGAUUCAUUAACAAAAUAAACACGUCAAACAUUGGAAUUAUUGCAAGGGAAUUGUUGCAUGAAAAUAUAAUCAGAGGCAGAGGUUUAUUAUGUAAAUCAAUUAUUCAAGCUCAAGCAGCUUCACCAACAUUUACCAAUGUAUAUGCAGCUUUAGUUGCUGUUAUAAAUUCGAAAUUUCCCAAUAUUGGAGAACUUUUACUCAAAAGAUUGGUAUUACAAUUCAAAAGAGGCUUCAAACAAAAUAAUAAAACCAUUUGUAUAUCAGCAUCAACAUUCAUUGCCCAUUUGGUUAACCAGUCUGUUGCACAUGAAAUUUUAGCACUGGAAAUUUUAACGCUACUUAUUGAAACUCCUACUGAUGAUUCUGUAGAAGUUUCAAUUGCAUUUCUAAAGGAAUGUGGACAAAAGCUCUCAGAGGUUACAAGCAGGGGAAUUAAUGCUAUUUUUGAAAUGCUAAGGAAUAUUUUGCACGAGGGAAAAUUAGAAAAAAGGAUCCAAUACAUGAUUGAGGUCAUGUUUCAAAUAAGGAAAGAUGGUUUCAAGGAUCAUGCUGCAGUUAUUGAAGAGCUGGACAUUGUGGAAGAAGAUGAUCAGUUCACUCAUUUGAUAAAACUUGAUGAUGUAGUACAGGCAGAUACUGAUGACAUAUUGAAUGUCUUCAAGUUUGACGAUGACUACCAAAUCAACGAAGGCAAAUACAAAAUUUUAAGCAAAGAAAUUUUACAAAGUGAUGGAGAAUCGGGAUCCGGAGAAUCAGGCUCGGAAGAGGAUUCAGAUGAAGAUAGUGACGAAGAUGAUGAAGAGGAGGAAGAAAAAAAGGACCCAGGCACUAUUAUUGACAACACUGAGACAAAUUUGAUAGCACUAAGAAGAACCAUUUAUUUGACUAUUCAAUCAAGUUUGGAUUUUGAAGAAUGUGCACAUAAGCUACUGAAAAUGGAGCUAAAACCUGGUCAGGAAAUUGAGCUUUGUCAUAUGUUCUUGGAUUGCUGCGCCGAACAAAGAACCUAUGAAAAAUUCUAUGGGCUAUUAGCCCAAAGAUUUUGUCAAAUAAAUAAAACCUAUGUGGAACCGUUUCAACAAAUUUUCAAGGACACUUAUUCAACAACUCAUCGAUUGGACGCAAAUAGGCUGAGAAAUGUGAGCAAAUUCUUUGCGCAUUUACUUUUCACAGACGCAAUAAGUUGGGAAUGUUUAGAAGCCAUGAAAAUGAAUGAGGAAGACACUAACAGUUCUAGCAGAAUUUUCAUUAAAAUUUUGUUUCAAGAAUUGGCUGAAUAUAUGGGAUUGGGAAAGUUGAAUCAAAGACUUAAGGAUCCGACACUUCAAGGACAUUUUGCGGAACUGUUUCCAAGAGAUAAUCCAAAGAACACUAGGUUUUCAAUUAAUUUUUUCACCUCAAUUGGGUUAGGUGGUUUGACUGAUGAAUUGAGAGAGCAUUUGAAAAAUUUGCCAAAGAACAUGCCAACAGUGACUAAAGAGGAAAGCAGCUCUAGUUCUUCUUCCAGUUCCAGUGAAGAUGGUAGUAGUUCAGAUUCAAGUGAGGAGGAAUCGGAAGAUGAGAAGACAAAAAAAAAAGAUAAACAGAAAAUAUCCAAAUCAUCACAAGAAAGACCCAGAGAUAAAACACAGAGGACUGGCAGAGAUGAAACUAACAAAAGAAGGUCUAGAGAAGAUGAAGCAAACUAUCGUAAACAAUCUAGAAGAAGGGAAGAACGAAAUAAUUCAGAAGAAAGGGAAAACCGAGAGAGGUCUCGACAUAAUGACCAAAAUAAAGACAGAAGAAGGGAUUAUGAAUGGGUCAAAAGUAGAUACGAAGAUAAUAUUGGUCAGUUGAAGGAUAGAAGGAGAGCAUUUGAAAGACCUAGAGGAAAAGAUGAUAGAGUAAAAGAAGAAAAAAAUAGAAGGUCAAGGUCGAGAGAUAGGGUUAGGGUGAAAGAUGAGGAUGACAGAAGUAAAGACAGGGAGUAUCGUCACAGAAGGAAUCGUGAAAGGCAACGAAGUUAAAAAGUACUUUUAUUUAUUAUGAUGCUAUUAUUAAAAUAAAUUUAAUUUUUUGAGGUUUAGGAUUGAAGAACUUACAUGUUAUAGAAGCUUAUUUAUUUUAUAAUGAUGUUUUGUUAAGCAAUUUUUACUUUUAUCAAGCUUAAGAGAACAGGAACAAGUAAUAACCAAUAGUGGUGUUAUAAUGUUUACAUAAAACAACCAAAUAGUUCUGUGACAAGCUUGAUAAGGUUAAUUAUUUAUUGAUAUGUCGUUCAUAAAGAGGAUUCGAACAUGCUAGUCCUUUGAUUGCCAGUAAACCCAACAACAAUAAACUAAAAUUUAAACCAUAAUAUAAUAUGGAUGUGCUGUAAUUGUUGUAAAUAAAAAAAUAUAGAAUUGGUAUAAAUUUGAGAUUGGUCUUUCUUUCAGGAAACUCACAGCCAUAGUUGCAAAAUCCUUGGACAAAUGGAACCGAGUGCACUCUGCACUUGUUUCCUUUUUAAAUGGUUCCUAAGAUUACUUCUUUUCUACCUCUUCAACAAGUUUUACAAGUCACUACAAAAAUUGUAAA